GGUUGACUGACUUAUGUGCACCCUGGGACACUGGAGUGUGCUUUCCCUCCACAGCCUGGAGCCGAGCCUCCUCCGGUGUUGCAAGGCGGGGGCUGAAUGAGGCAGAGGAGCUGAGCUCUGCCUGGGAGGCCCACUUAGAGCCACUCGAGGCACCAAGACCCCAAGGGCUGGGGAGCAGGGAGCGGGGCCUGGUGCUGAGGAUGGCCRGGCAGCAGCCGCCGCCCUGGGUCCACGCAGCCUUCCUCCUCUUCUUCCUCAGUCUGGGCGGAACCAUCGAGAUUCCUAUGGACCCAAGCAUUCAGAAUGAGCUGACCCAGCCCCCAACCAUCACCAAGCAGUCAGUGAAAGACCACAUCGUGGACCCCCGUGAUAACAUCCUGAUUGAGUGUGAAGCAAAGGGGAACCCUGCCCCCAGCUUCCACUGGACUCGAAACAGCAGAUUCUUCAACAUUGCCAAGGACCCUCGGGUGUCCAUGAGGAGGAGAUCUGGGACCCUGGUGAUCGACUUCCGCAGUGGUGGGCGGCCUGAGGAGUACGAGGGCGAAUACCAGUGCUUCGCCCGCAACAAAUUUGGCACAGCCUUGUCCAACAGGAUCCGUCUGCAAGUGUCCAAAUCUCCCCUGUGGCCCAAGGAAAACCUGGACCCCGUGGUGGUCCAAGAAGGCGCCCCGCUGACGCUGCAGUGCAACCCCCCACCUGGCCUGCCAUCCCCAGUCAUCUUCUGGAUGAGCAGCUCCAUGGAGCCCAUCACCCAGGACAAACGCGUCUCCCAGGGCCACAACGGGGACCUGUAUUUCUCUAACGUGAUGCUGCAGGACAUGCAGACUGACUACAGCUGCAAUGCCCGCUUCCACUUCACYCACACCAUCCAGCAGAAGAAUCCCUUCACCCUCAAGGUCCUCACCACCCGAGGAGUUGCAGAGAGAACACCCAGCUUCAUGUAUCCCCAGGGUACCUCGAGCAGUCAGAUGGUGCUCCGCGGCAUGGACCUCCUGCUGGAGUGCAUCGCUUCUGGGGUCCCAACACCAGACAUCGCGUGGUACAAGAAAGGUGGGGACCUCCCAUCUGACAAGGCCAAGUUUGAGAACUUUAACAAGGCUCUGCGUAUCACCAAUGUGUCCGAGGAAGACUCUGGGGAGUAUUUCUGCCUGGCCUCCAACAAGAUGGGCAGCAUCCGGCACACGAUCUCGGUGAGAGUGAAGGCUGCUCCCUACUGGCUGGAUGAACCCAAGAACCUGAUCCUGGCUCCUGGUGAGGAUGGGAGGCUGGUGUGUCGAGCCAAUGGGAACCCCAAGCCCACUGUCCAGUGGAUGGUGAACGGGGAACCUUUGCAAUCGGCACCACCCAACCCAAACCGUGAGGUGGCGGGCGACACCAUCAUCUUCCGAGACACCCAGAUCAGCAGCAGGGCCGUGUACCAGUGCAACACCUCCAACGAGCACGGCUACCUCCUGGCCAACGCCUUCGUCAGUGUGCUGGAUGUCCCACCUCGGAUGCUCUCACCCCGGAACCAGUUCAUUAGAGUUAUUCUUUACAACCGGACACGGCUGGACUGCCCGUUCUUUGGGUCUCCCAUUCCCACACUGCGAUGGUUUAAGAAUGGGCAAGGAAGCAACCUGGAUGGUGGCAAUUACCAUGUCUAUGAGAAUGGCAGUCUGGAAAUUAAGAUGAUCCGCAAAGAGGACCAAGGCAUCUACACCUGUGUGGCCACCAACAUCCUGGGCAAAGCGGAAAACCAAGUCCGCCUGGAGGUCAAAGAUCCCACCAGGAUCUACCGGAUGCCCGAGGACCAGGUCGCCAAGAGGGGCACCACGGUACAGCUGGAGUGUCGCGUGAAGCACGACCCCUCCCUGAAGCUCACCGUCUCCUGGCUGAAGGAUGAUGAGCCGCUCUAUAUUGGAAACAGGAUGAAGAAGGAAGACGACUCGCUGACCAUCUUUGGCGUGGCAGAGCGGGACCAGGGCAGUUACACGUGCGUCGCCAGCACGGAGCUGGACCAAGAUCUGGCCAAGGCCUACCUCACCGUGCUGGCUGAUCAGGCCACUCCAACUAACCGUUUGGCUGCCCUGCCCAAAGGACGGCCAGACCGACCCCGGGACCUGGAGCUUACCGACCUGGCCGAGAGGAGUGUGAGGCUGACCUGGAUCCCGGGGGAUGAUAACAACAGCCCCAUCACAGACUAUGUGGUCCAGUUUGAAGAGGACCAGUUCCAACCAGGGGUCUGGCAUGACCAUUCCAAGUUCCCAGGCAGUGUCAACUCAGCUAUCCUCCAACUGUCCCCAUAUGUCAACUACCAGUUCCGGGUCAUUGCUGUGAACGAGGUCGGGAGCAGCCACCCCAGCCUCCCAUCUGAGCGCUACAGAACCAGUGGAGCACCUCCUGAGUCCAACCCCAGUGAUGUAAAGGGAGAAGGAACCAGAAAGAACAACAUGGAAAUCACGUGGACACCCAUGAAUGCCACCUCUGCUUUUGGCCCCAACCUGCGCUACAUUGUCAAGUGGCGGCGGAGAGAGACUCGAGAGACCUGGAACAAYGUCACUGUGUGGGGCUCUCGCUAUGUGGUGGGGCAUACCCCUGUCUAUGUGCCCUAUGAGAUCCGGGUCCAGGCUGAAAAUGACUUUGGGAAGGCCCCCGAGCCCGACACCGUCAUCGGGUACUCCGGAGAAGAUUUACCCAGUGCCCCCAGGCGUUUCCGAGUCCGGCAGCCCAACCUGGAGACAAUCAACCUGGAGUGGGAUCAUCCGGAACACCCCAAUGGGAUCCUGAUUGGAUACACCCUCAAAUACGUGGCCUUUAAUGGAACUAAAGUAGGAAAGCAGAUGGUGGAAAACUUCUCUCCCAAUCAGACCAAGUUCUCCAUGCAGAGAGCAGACCCUGUGUCACGCUACCGCUUUACCCUCAGCGCCAGGACGCAGGUGGGCUCCGGGGAAGCAGUCACAGAGGAGUCUCCAGCGCCCCCGAAUGAAGCUACUCCAACUGCAGCUCCUCCCACGUUGCCCCCAACUACCGAGGGCGCCACAGGCGCUGUGAGCAGUACUGAUGCUACUGCCCUUGCCGCCGCCACCGAAGCCACAACAGUCCCCAUCAUCCCAACUGUGGCGCCCACCACCAUCGCCACCACCACCACCGUCACCACAACUACUACAACCACUGCCGCCACCACCACGGAGAGUCCUCCCACCACCACCACCACCACCACCACCACCACCACCACCGGGACUAAGAUACAGGAAUCCGCCCCCGAUGAGCAGUCCAUAUGGAACGUCACGGUGCUCCCCAACAGUAAAUGGGCCAACAUCACCUGGAAGCACAAUUUUGGGCCCGGAACUGACUUUGUGGUUGAGUACAUCGACAGCAACCAUACGAAAAAAACUGUCCCUGUUAAGGCCCAGGCCCAGCCUAUACAGCUGACAGACCUCUAUCCUGGGAUGACGUACACAUUGAGGGUUUAUUCCCGGGACAACGAGGGCAUCAGCAGUACCGUCAUCACCUUUAUGACCAGUACAGCUUACACCAACAACCAGGCGGACAUCGCCACCCAGGGCUGGUUCAUUGGGCUCAUGUGCGCCAUCGCCCUCCUGGUGCUGAUCCUGCUCAUUGUCUGCUUCAUCAAGAGGAGUCGCGGUGGCAAGUACCCAGUACGAGAAAAGAAGGACGUUCCCCUUGGCCCUGAAGACCCCAAAGAAGAGGAUGGCUCCUUUGACUACAGUGAUGAGGACAACAAGCCCCUGCAGGGCAGCCAGACGUCUCUGGACGGAACCAUCAAGCAGCAGGAAAGUGACGACAGCCUGGUGGACUAUGGGGAAGGCGGCGAAGGGCAGUUCAAUGAAGAUGGCUCCUUCAUUGGCCAGUACACGGUCAAAAAGGACAAGGAGGAAACAGAGGGCAACGAGAGCUCAGAGGCCACAUCACCCGUCAAUGCCAUCUAUUCUCUGGCCUAACGGAGCCCACCGGGGCACAGCCACUACUUUAAAAGUGGGAGGAGGGGAGAGGGGAAGACGAAGCCACUGCAGACCGACCACAAAGCCUCCACCACCUUCAGGGACAAGGGUACAAAAUGGGGGUCUGCCAARCUGUGAGGAUCAGUGGCCACCCAGCUACCCACAAGCCCCCUCCCAAUGACCCCCCACACCCCUGGGUGCCACCAGUGUGGGAGAGCUAGAGCCGUGACUAAGCUCACCUGAGGGAACCCUGGUCCCUUGCCCCAUCUCGCAGCCACCCUGAGCRUCCAUCCCACCRCCCGCCUUGGCCUCGGCCCACACCCUUGCCUGGUCCUGUCGGUUACCGUACUUUCAUUGACUUUAUUUUUGCUUUGUGCAUCUUCCAAACCUCCAGACCCAAUGUCUCCAUUUUCUUUUGAAGAUGUGUUCCUGGAAAAAGAAAGAAUAGGUGGAUUCUCCCCCCAGGAAACCACAAAGAGACGGAAAGGACGGAUCCCUAACAGAACGUAGAGAAGAGCCGUAGUAUUCAAACCGCCGCUGGGCCAGCAUGUUUCCGGAGGAUGCCUUUCUUUGCCAUAUUGUCCCCCACCCUUGCUCCCAACCCAUCUGCCUCUGUCUUGUCAGUUGCUGAGCUGGGCUUGGCUCCUUCCUGGAAAAUGACAGUAUUUUUUGGCAGGGAGAGGGUGGGCAGUCGCCUCGCCCCUCUCUGGUUCAUUUGGGAGGUGAGUUUACCUCUGUCUCCUCRUUCUUACCCUGCCCCUGCCUCCAGAGUGUCCAAGAAUGAGCUGCACUGACUUUGAAGGAGAAGCUGGAGGCACAGGAGUGGGCACUGAUGGUACGAACUUCAAUUGCAAUGACUGGACCUCAGCAGAAGAAAGUCAGGGGUCUGGUCUCUUGGGAACUGUGAGCACCUCUGGAGAGAAGCAAAGGGCUGGGUUUGGACUCCUUCCUUCCCAUCAGUGAAUACAGGGAUGUAGGAGAGAGGACCACACCCACCAUGUCCAGAGCAGAGGGMAUCCGCCCACCUGGCCAGGGUCUACGCUGCUACCCUCAAGGAGUUGGAACCCUGCAAUGCAGAAGCCUUGCUGGUGUGUUYGGGGGUGUAAACCACCACCCUCUUCCUCCUCUAGCAGAUGUCGGUCGUCUCCUUGGUCAAUUCUUUAUGCUGUUGAGACUCGUGUUUGACGUGAUGUGUGGGUGGAGACCUGCUGCCCCGAGACUGAACCUGUCUGUCCUUUCAUUAGGGUAUAUAUACAUAUCAGGGGACCCUGUGGUGGCGCCAUCUAACAGUGCUGUGACGCCCCCACCCAGAGAGGACUCAGUGCUCUUCGUAUGCCUUAUGCAGUUCUGAUCUGUCCCUGGAAUUCCCAGGUUCCCAGCCCCUCCCUGCAAGCCUUGAAGCCUCCAGUGACGUCUGACUCAGAAUCAGGGCAGCCUAUGCAAGUGUCCCUGCAGGACCACAAGCAGCCACUCCAUACACACCCUUACCCCGUUGCCCACAUGGAGACUCGCAGACCUGCAAUUCUCAGACCGAAGGUGCUGCCUUCACCCUCCCCACCUAAUUCAUUUUUGAAACCAAAGGUACCUAGCCUCAGUGAUGCAGAGAGAGGGAGAUCUUGAGCCUGCGUGUGCCCCUGUCACUGUUUCUGUAGCUCAAGUCGGUUUCAGGAGGGUGAGGCUGAGCCCCAGGAAUGGAUCACCUGCUACUGACGCAGCCUCCAGUUUGAGCCUCCAGCUGCCAUCCAGGGGCCCGGAAAGGACCAGGGCCGUGUCCUUCAGAGACUUUAUUAAAGCAUCAUUUGCCACAUGUUUAAGCCACAGAGGUAUUAGCAAUGCUUACAUCACUUAAUAAUCAUUCAGCUGAAGGUCAAGCUCAUAGGCACACACGCACUCUGUCUGCAGAUAAGAAACCAUAGCCCAGAGCUGAGCCAAUAAUGUUGUUUGAACUAGAAAGUAAUGGCCCUGUGGCCCAAGCUGCCCCCAGGUCUGCUGCCCAGAGGCCUGAGAGGCAGCUCUCUCAUGGUGAAAGGGGACAGGGUAAAGAGAAGGGGACUGGGGAUGAGCUCAGGGUCCUGUCCCCUGGCUCUCUUCCAACUCCUGCUUGGAUGCAACUGAGCAGUCCUGCAGUCUAGGCCCACUGUCCCUGAAGGGAAGUGUCAGGGACAUGUACCUGUGAGCUGAAUCAAAUGACCAGCCUUUCCAGAAUAUGCUUUGGACCUGAGCAGUCAGUUUCUCAGGCCCUCACUUCGCCCUGCUUUGUCCAUGCUAGUGAGCCCAUUCACAGAAGGCCCUAGGGAGGAAGAGGCUGUCUGACAUCAC